AUAUUGAAUACGGUCAUUGUUAUCAGGAGCUGGAUAAGCCUAUCCUGCUGUAGAAGUACCUUCUAUCUAAUCAUUUGGUGACUGAUCCAAAGAGGUCAGAAUGAGUAAUGGCACUAGGGUGUUUGUUGGCGGCCUGUCUCAUCGCGUUCGCGAAAGGGAUCUCGAGAGAUUUUUCCAGAAAAUUGGCAGAGUCAAGGAUAUUGCUAUGAAGAAUGGAUAUGCUUUUGUGGAAUUUGAUGACUAUCGUGAUGCUGAUGAUGCUGUGUAUGAAUUGAAUGGUCGUGAACUUAAUGGUGAAAGAGUUUCAGUUGAAAGAGCUCGUGGAACACCAAGGGGCAGUGAUGUUUGGCGUGGUUCAGGGCGAGGUGGUGAUUUACCACCACCACCACCCAGACGACCUCGUCGUGAUGCUAGGGAUGACAGAAAUGAUAGGUAUGGACCACCAACAAGAACAAAUUAUAGAUUAAUAGUUGAAAAUUUGUCAAGUCGAGUUAGCUGGCAGGAUUUAAAGGACUUCAUGCGUCAAGCUGGAGAAGUGACUUAUGCUGAUGCACAUAAGCAACGCAAGAAUGAAGGUGUUGUAGAGUUUGCGUCAUAUUCGGAUCUCAAGACUGCAAUUGAUAAAUUGGAUGACACAGAAUUGAAUGGCCGUCGCAUUAUACUUCAAGAAGAUAAAAGUAGUAGUCGUGGACGUGGAGGAAGACGUAGUCGUAGUCCUUCAAGUUCUCGUUCCCGUUCUAGGUCCCGGUCUCGCUCACGUCGCCGUGUACGCUCUCGUUCAAGGAGUAGAUCACGCAGCCAUUCCAAGUCAAAGUCUGAUUCUCGUUCAAAAUCUCCUUAUAAAUCGCCGGCUCAUUCCAAAUCACGUUCUCGCUCAGGAUCUAUUGACAAAAAAAGAUCCCAGUCACGCUCACAAUCAAUAUCUAAUAAGCGUAUUAAGCGCGAUUCACGUUCACCUGAUGAAAAAUCCCGUUCACCAUCAAGAGAAAAAAAUGGUGAUGCCAGUCCACAAUCUGGAGAUGAUUAAGGAAAUACAUUAAAUCCUCUAUUAUUAAAUUUUUUUUAUUAUGACAAUUCAGUCUUUUUCUAUCCAUUUUAACUUACUGUACACUUAAUCUAACCAUUUGACUAGUAGUUCAUUUUUAUGUUUAAUACCGUAGAUAAAGUACCAAUUAUCGAUUUUACAGAACAUUUUGUAUUUUGAAACUUAUAUCUAAAGAAAUGCACAUGAAUGUUGUUUGGUA